AUGGUGUCUUCCAACGCCGAAGUUCUCUAUUCUAAUCCAAUUGUGCCUGGAUUUGCGCCAGACCCCUCAGUUGUCUUCGUCGAUGGCACAUUCUUUCUUAGCACCUCCUCAUUCCAUGUAUUCCCGGGUCUUCCCAUUUAUGCUUCACGGGAUCUCAAAGAAUGGACGCACAUCGGCAAUGCUCUACACAGGCGCUCGCAGCUGAGCCUGCGCGAUGCAAACACGAUACAUGUGCCAUUGGAUACAGGUUUCACCAUGGUUGCAACUACGGGCAUUGUCGCCCCCAGUAUACAUUACCAUGAAGGAGUCUUCUAUAUUGUGACCACGAACCAAACCUUUAAUGGCGAGGAUUACGAGAGGCACAACUUCAUUAUCAAGUGUCACGACAUCUGGAGCAAUAACUGGGGCGAUCCCGUCUAUUUCGACUACCGUGGUAUUGACACCAGCCUCUUUUUCCAUGACGAUGGCCGUGUUUUUGUGCAGGGAGCUUGGCAUAUUAGAGACGAUGAACAGCCGACGAAUACCAUUAAGCAGGUCCAAAUCGAUAUCAACACUGGAGAGUUGCUUUCUGAAACAGUAGAGAUAUGGCCUGGCUGGGCAAAAUACGACACAGAGGGGCCUCACAUCUACAAAGUUGGGGAAUAUUUCUAUCUAUUGGCCGCAGAAGGUGGAACGUUCGAACAUCACAUGCUAUCAAUUGCAAGGUCUACGGACAUUUGGGGGCCGUACGAAUCAUGGGACAAGAAUCCUAUCAUGACGGCUGACGGCAAGGAAGAGUAUAUCCAGAAUAUCGGCCACGGUGCGCUCUUCCAGGACGGCGAUGGAAGAUGGUGGGCUGCUGUGCUUGGCGUUAGAAAGCAGCCCAAUGGUACUCUGGGCCUCGGGCGCGAGUCUUUUCUAUCACCUGUUGACUGGCCAGAAGGGGGAUGGCCCACUGUUCGUCAGCCUAAGAUAAGCUUCCAGAGGGAGGCUGCGCCAUCUCUCGUUCCCCAAGAACCACUGCAAGCCCCUUCUCGUAUCGAGGAUCUUUACAUUCGAGACCAUGACGAAGAAAGUUAUCAGUAUCUAGACGACGAGGGAACCUUAUCCCUCAGUCCUAACCGAAGUGGCCUCGGUUCGGUUAUUGAGAGUCCCACAUUCCUAGGCCGACGCCAGCGCUUCUUGACCGGUACUGGCUAUACACGCAUCGGAACAGACCAAGGUCUGAAUGGGAAGAGUAUCAGAGCCGGUAUCUCCUUAUAUAAAGACCCCAUACGGUUUGCUAGCCUAGUCUAUGACUUUAAAAACGCUACUGUUGUUUUUGAAGUUCACAACUCUGCUACUGGAGUUUUCGGCACCAUCUCGCGCAAGCUCUCCUUAGGUUUGACAGAAGUUCAACUUCGAAUCACAGCUACACCCUCCCGAUACACUUUCCAAGCUAAGGAAACCCUGCGAGAAGCUGUAUUUGGCUCGGAGAAGGGCUGGAUUGAAAUUGGUUCGGUGGAGACUAAAGUCCUCGAUGCUAGAGAUUUCACUGGUCCAUUAAUAGGUGUUUUUGCUCAGAGUCAAUCAGAGGAGCGUGAGAAGAAAGCUAUCAUCUUCCGAGAGUUUGAGUUGGCAGCUGAAGAAUAA